AUGGCGGCCGCCAUCGAAAGUCUGCUUAGAGAAAUCGCUGGCUCGGAGGAGCCGAUCGAGCAACUUAAGGCUCUCAGGACGGCGGUUUGGGCGCUUCCUAUGAGCAACCUAAGAGAGACCUUCUCUGCGCCGCAUUUGGGAAGACUUUUUUCCUUGUUGAACACAAAUGACAAGGAGCAGGUGGAAGUGUGUGUGGAGGUCCUGGACCGGUUCCUGCAGGUUCUGGGUCCCGCCGAAUUGGUGAGAGACUGCAGAUCGGAGCUCCGGAACGGACUGAUCCAUCCGGAUGGUUCCGUCAAAGUGCUCGCCCUCGCUCAGAUCGGGCGGGUAGUUGGUCACGCCGAGGGCGUCGCGGAGCUUCUGACCUGCGACGAGAUUCUGCGGGACGUGAUCCACUGUAUGGGGGCAGAACGCAUCGGAGUCGCAAAGGAGGCAAUAGCUGCCCUCAGAAAGCUGAGCACCACAGCGACGGGGCUUGACGCUCUGUUCCGCUCCAGUUUGCUGAAGGAACUGAAGGAUGCCAUGGCCAUCAGUGACGUCGUCAGAUACAGAGUGUACGAGCUUGUGGUGGAGAUCUCUUCUAUGUCACCUGUGUCUUUGGGUUACUGCGCCAAUUGCAGUUUUGUCUCUCAGCUUCUUGAAGAGCUCACCGGAGAUGACAUCCUUGUCAGAGCGACUGCUAUAGAGAUGGUCACCAGUCUGGCUCAGAGCCAACAUGGCCGCCAGUACCUAGCACAGCAAGGCAUCAUGGACAAAAUAUCCAACAUGAUCAUCUCUGCUGAGUCUGACCCCUUCUCCAGCUUCUACCUUCCAGGCCUGGUGAAGUUCUUUGGGAACUUGGCGAUCGUUCAAAGCCCUCAGCAGGUGUGCGAGAGUUAUCCUGCAUUCCUUAGUAUGGUCUUCGCCAUGGCAAUGAGCUCUGACCCAACACAGAUCCCUGUCUCCUUGGAUACGCUCGGAGUCCUGGGCAGCACAGUGGAGGGCAAACAGGUCCUGCACAAAACAGGUGAAAAGAUUCAGUCCGUGUUGAAGCGAAUGAGUCAGUUGGCCAGAGAUGGUGCCAUUGAGCUCAGAGUGAGAAGCCUAGAGGCCAUUGCUCAGCUGCUCUCUCUACCUGUGGAGCAGCAGACAGAGGACCUGCUACUGCUGACGGAGUCGUGGUGCCACUGUUGGAGCUCACGGCCCAUGGAAAUGCUGAGCAACAUCAGCACACAGCCCUUCCCCGAACUGCACUGCAGUGCCCUGCGUGUGUUUACUGCACUGGCGAGUCAGAUGUGGGGCCAGCGGCUGAUGACGGCCACACCAGGCUUCAUGGAGUGGCUGGUGGAUCGCUCCGUGCGCACGGGCAAGGAGGCCAAGGAGUGCAAGUUUGAGCUGGUGGGGGCUCUAGUGAGCUCGGCCAGCACGCAGCAGGUGUUCGGCGGCCCCGCCUACCUGAGGCUGAAGACGUACCAGAAGGAGGGGCCAUACUAUGUCAACGCCGUGGCCUCUGUCACCACAGAGGGAGUGGACUGAACAUCUUACACACACACACACACGCACACGCCCACACACACACACACUAAGACUUUUGAUUCUUCCUGCUAUGCUGAAGAAGGUUGAGAAUUUCUGCUGGUGUGAAGAGGCUGUAGUUUGGAUAGGUUUCUCAUUCUUCCCCUUUAACACACACACACACACACAAUUUCCUGCUGCACUUAGUCGAGUUUGGUUAUUUUCUACUGUUGUGAACGUGUAAUUAAAGGGUUAAAUAAGGAAGCGUG